AUGUCACCAACAUCAACAAUCAUCAACCGACUCUCCCAUAAAUUGGCUACUUAUCUAUGUGAACAGUACAUGACUCCAAUCUCUUAUCUUCAUGCUCAUCGUGCUACGGAUAAAAGUGGCAUAUUCCAUAUUGGUGACGCCAACGAUUAUGAACAAAAAGCAGAAGCUUAUCGAGAAAAAACGAAGGCCAGUCAAUUUGAUAAAAUGAUGUCGAAACGAGAGGACACUCAACUAGCUUAUCUGUAUUAUGUUCCAAAACCACAUAAGGAAGGAACACCAUUAAGACUGAUUGUAUCCUCAAUGCAUAUACCAACAACCUAUUUGUGCACAUUUGACAUCACAGAUUCAUGUGCAAUGUUACCACAGGAAGAAUCUCUCGACAUUCUAACUGAAUUUCUUCUGGAACACGGAUAUACCAAAGUGAAUGCAGUGCCCAUUGAUGCCAUUCGGAAAUUAGCUCGUCUCGUUCUCACAGAAAAUGUAUUCACUUAUGAGAAAAGAUUCUAUCGGCAGGUGGUCGGCGGUGCUAUGGGCUCCGCAUUUACUUUGACUUUAGCCAAUGUUUUCUUAUGGAAAUGGGAAAAACGAUUAGUUCAACAGCAGCUAAAUACAAACGAAAUCUAUGGAAGGCAUGUUCAAUAUAUCGAUGAUAUCUUCUUUACUUCGAAUCAACCACUGAACAAAAUCAAUGAAAUGUUAGAUAACGCCAACGAUUUCCAUCCAAAUAUCAAAUUAGUUCGGCAAAUUGGUAAGAAUGUACCAUUCUUAGAUGUCCUUAUUGAAAAUGAUCAUGGUACAUUGAAAACAUCUGUGUAUCACAAAGAAGCAGCCGAGCCAUACACAGUACCAUUUAAUUCUGAUCAUCCUCAUCAUACCUUCAGAAAUGCCAUUGACACAGCACUUUUGCGUGCUGUACGCUAUUCAUCUACACUAUCAACUUUUCAAAAAGAACAACGUACAAUCAAACUAAUGCUUCUUUACAACAAAUUCCACAAUUUCAUCACUUCCUAUGCCAAAGCUUCAAACAUCCAACCAUUCAUACAUGACGAAAACCAGUUCAGAGCGAUCCGACAGAAAAUGCUCAACAUUCCAACUAUUCCAGAAUAUCGAAUGGCGUCCAGAAUCGAAGGAGGUAAAGCUACUCCUGAUCAUGAGUCAGUGAAAACUGGUGUACCCAAAACGAAAUCAACAAAAUCUUCGAAAUGGAACAAUCAACUCAUAAUUCAUUACACUCACGAGCAACGGUUACAAAACUACAAACGAGAUCUACACCGACUUUGGAAUGAAACAUAUCGAUCAACACCAAUCAUUCACACAAGACUAAUCGUUGCUCGCACUCAAGCUCGAAUUAAUGAUCAAAGUUUUGCUUUGUCUCUUGAUCGUGCGAAUAAUUCAUAUGUUGGUGUUAUUGGAAUUAGCCCAUUAGCUUCUCUCAUCUCAAUUCCCAAACAAUCGAAUAUGGAUUAUUUUCAUUUGACAUUGGAGGUUCAUUUGGUUCGCUUACUUAAAAACUGGAAACUUCAUCUUACAAAUCAAGAAAUUACGCUAAUUGACAAUUAUCUUUGUUCAAUAACGUAUCCUCAUACAUUCCGUCGUAUGCCAUUUCUAUUUUCCAGAUUCCACGAGUGGAAAGCAUCACAACUUCGAACAUUUCUAAUCUAUGAUGUUAUGCCUUUAUUAUUCGUUUUUAUGAAAAUUUUUCCAGGUGAUCGUGCUGUUCAUUUCUCACUGUUUUUCUUAAUUUAUAUUCGAACUUUGAGAUUUAUCUGCAACCGAAACGAUAUUGAACCGAUGAAACAUUUCAUUAUUGCUUAUUUAAAAGAUAUUCAUUAUUUUUAUGGCGACUGUGCCCAAUUAUACUCUACACAUGCUUUGUAUAAUCUCUACGAGCAAGUUUUGGAUCACGGCUCAUUAUCAUUCCACAGUAUGAUUGGUAUUGAAAGUGCAUUACAUCAUUUGGAUAAAUUAGCUAGUGGUACAACAGCUUUAGGUAGUCAAAUUGCAUACUGGCAUUCUAUUUAUGCUGAUUUGUCGUCAAAGACAACAACGUAUACUCGUCAACUAUUCGAAAACCAAGGACCAGUGAACGAUCACAAUUAUAUCGAUGAAAAUCUCGUACAAAUUCCUCAAACCGUUCGUCGUAGUGCAACUAAAAGCUCAAUCUCCAUUGUUGCUGGAGCACCACGAUAUGGCACUCAGCAAUCUGCUAAUAACAAAGUCUUGUCACAAGCUACAACAGAUGAAAAUAUUUCUUAUCGAUAUCGAAAUGUCUCUUCUCAACAACGUGAACUCAAUGCUUCUCGAAAAUCAAUUGAAACACAUACAAAUCCACAGAGCCCUUCUAUUAAACGACGUUUUCAUGAAACUGAUCUUGCUGAUUCUCUUGCAGAAAUUCGAGAACAAAUGCAAGCUCUUCGUCAAAGUAACGAUGCUUUACAUACUAAACUCGAUGACGCUCGUGAAGCAAUUCGGCUGUUAAAUGAUCAACAACAAAAGUCAAACAAAAAACUCAAUCAAAUAAGUCAUAUAAAGAAUAAUAACUUUCAAGGAUAUGACACUCCUAAACGGUUUCCUAUCAUUGAGUUUAAUGGAAAGAAUUUAAUGAUUCAUCAUCAACCUCCAAAUCAACCCGCACUCUUUAUGUGUAAAUUGAUUAGAGAUCUGUAUACGGACGAUGAGAUUGAAGCUGGCAUUGCUGACGAUGAUCUUCUUGAUGCGAUUAAAAACGCUGUUGAAGCAGCAUAUUUUCAUGCAGAGCCGAAACAGUUUGAAUUUUGGUGGUGGGAUGAAGGAAAAAAAUCUCGCGCUGGACAACGACGAAAACAACGAAGUACUAACAAGAAAAAACCUCAUGUUCAUCAACAAAUCUUUGGUAAUCAUGAAUCUAAUGAUAAAGAAACAAACUCGCAAACCACGCAAGAUGAUAUUGCACCUCUUUCGUCAUCAGAAACGCAUGUUUCACUGAUAAUCACUGACCGUGAGUGUACCCGACAGUCAGAACUAGUCGAAGUAUCGUCUCCCAUAUCAAGCGAGCAAGUCGAGUUCACGAUACCAUCAGCGACAGCAACGCAAAUCGCUCUUAUUCCUGGUGACAUUAGUCGCUCUGGCAAAGAACGUCCGGCUCAACCGAAACUAGUCUUCUACAAAAAGAACAAAGACAAUAGAUCCUUUCAACCACAAUGGUUUUCAAUGUUCACGUGGAUCGAAUACUCCACAGAGCGCAACAGUGUUUUUUGCUUCUAUUGUCGCCAUUUCGUGUCCGGAAAUCUAAACAGUCGAAAUCAAUCAGAUUCGUUCGUCACCUGUGGUUACGACAACUGGAAACUUGCUCUAGUGAAAGAGCGGGGCUUCUCGAAACACGCAAGCACCGCCACACACAUCCAAGCUUCUGCGAAUUAUCAAGAAUACGUAGCACGUUCGGAACAUCAAAUGGCAGUCACAAAUGUACUGGAUCAUGGGAGAAUCCUUCAGAUACAAAAGAAUCGAGAGCGCCUGAUGAAAAUUGCGUCGACUUUGCACUUUUGCUCAAGGCAAAUGAUCGCAUUUUGUGGUCAUGAAGAAAAUGAGCUAAACUGUGGAAAUUUCAUUGAGCUUUUAAAGCUGAUGUCUUCGAGGGAUCCAGUUGUGCAAUCCAUUCUCGAGAAUAGUUCUGGAAACGCCACCUAUCUUUCAGCGACUAUCCAGAAUGAAUUAAUACAUGAAAUGGCAAAUCAGGUUCGAGAACAGAUAUCAAAAAAGCUUCGAGGAUGUGUUUUUGCCUUAAUGGCCGACGAAACUCGUGACAUCAGUGGACAUGAACAAUUGAGUAUUGUCGUCUGGGUUGUAUCCAGUGAAAGAGUUCCUGGCGGCACAGGGUUUUCAUCGAAACAUACAAUCACUUUCAACGAAUACUUGGUCGGAUUAGUAAAAUUGGAUGCAUUUCAUGCGCAAACAUUAGCCGAUGAGAUAGUUCAAUACUUCUCUUCGUUAAAUAUUUCAUUGAACAAGGCGUCAGUAAUGAGCGGGAAACAUGCCGGUGUCCAAGCUAUUUUGCGACAGAAUUUUGCACCUGGUGCAAUUUAUAUUCAUUGUUAUGCUCAUCAGUUGAACUUGGUUAUUUGUGAUGUCUCUCAAGUCGUGCUAUAUUUGCCUGAAUUUUAUUGUGUACUCUCGAAGAUCCACUCUUACUUUUCGCACUCAAGUGUGACGAAUGAAUGGUUCAAGUGUGUUCAAAAAGAAUUGAAACUGGAUAACGCUCACAGUAUAUCAUUGAAAGCGUGGGCUGAAACACGAUGGGACAGCCGCUGGUCUUCUAUCGAUUCAAUCCAGCGAAAUUAUGGAACUUUACUCGUUUGUUUUCAAGAACUAGAAGCUGAAGCAACAAAAAGGUCCGUCGAUGCAAGAGGUCUUCUACGGGCUAUGAAAAAGCCCACUUUCGUUGUGACACUCUUUAUUUUACAUAAAGUACUGGGAAUAAUAAAGAUUCUUUCCGAUCAAUUGAAAGCGAAAUCAAUGGACUAUGGUCGAGCAAAAUACCUCAUACGAAAGGUUAUUAGUCAACUCUCUGAUCUUCGGACUGAACAGUCGUUCUCGACAAUCUAUGAACAAGUUUCGAAUUAUUGCAUUGCCAAUAACAUUGAUUUAACACCUGAUCCGAAAGAAAAGCGUGCAAGAAAUAUCCCUGUUCGAUUCAAAGAUGUUUUCAUUACGUCCACAGUCGGUCAUCGUGAUCUGCAGAAGAGCGAAGAUGAUUACAGAACGACUCUGUACUACCCUAUCAUUGAUUCGACAUUGUUGAAGUUGAAUGAUCGCUUUUUUGAUGACAAUAUUCUUAUUCUGAAUGGCAUAUCUGCGCUGUGUCCAGAAAGCGAUAGUUUUCUUCACUUGGAAUCGAUUCAUCCAUUGGCAACACAAAUGAAUGUUGAUUUUCCGACUUUGUGCAACGAGAUACAAGUCCUGAAGCCUAUGUUGAAAGAUAAAACAAUGAACAACAUUGUUGAUUUAUACACCGAGAUAUUACCUUUAAAAUCAGCUUUUUCUCAGCUGACGACGCUUCUUCUCGCUGCAGUAACAAUUCCUAUCUCUUCUAAGACGUGUGAACGAACAUUUAGCAAGAUGAAACUAAUUAAAACAAAAACACGCAAUAGUGUGAAACGUUUGACUGAUUUAAUUAUUCUAAGAUAUUUCGAUUACAAAACUUUAUUAAUGAAACCAACUAAAUCGCAACUUGUCGAGAUGGAAAGACUAGAUAAACUAUAUAAAGAAAUACAACUGCGCUUUGCUCAAGAUUUCUAA